AUGGCGACACAAAAACCUAUCAAGAUUCAAGACCGUGUGAAUUGGAUACGGCGUCACCCCUAUGAUGAGAACAUCCAAAUGGGAUGCCUCCCUCGGGCUUUGUGUGAGGAAGAGGAGGCUGGUGGAGUGUGGGCGUUCGGACGGCGCUGGAGGAAGGAUGGUUGCAGCGGUUCGGGGCUGUGGUGGUUUGGGAUGAGAGAGGAUCGUGGUGGCUGGAGUUCUGGCAGUGGCCUUGAGAGGAGUGACUGGGCAAGGGAUUAUUCAGCGGGGUUUUUGGGGGUGGAGUUGCGGCGGGCUAGUGGGUUUCAGCUGGCUGGAGGGAUUGUUGUAGGCGACGGUGUGAUAGGUGAAGGUGGCCAAGGUUUACAAUAG